AAAUUUUGGUACGAAAGCGGUCUGUUUCCCAUGAAAAGAAGUCGACUACUUCCGAGGGACCCAGAACUCGAUUUCCUUCUCUUGUCGAAGAUAGGAGACAAAAACUGAAAACGGAGGCUAAGAGAGAGAGAGGGUGAGGGAGAUGCAUUUGAAGGCAGGGGGAUUGUGGCGGGAGGAGGAUGGGGCCGUGGCGGAGGACGAGUCUUCGCCGGUGGCCGAGCUGUCGAAGUCACUGGGGAGGCAGAAGCUCUAUAGGGAGGUGACCCUCGCGCUGCGCAGCGGCCUCAGGGACGCCUGCGCCGACCUCUCUUUCCUCCGCCUCCGCGCCCUCCGCAACCUCCUCAAGUUCCUCCGCUCUGUUUCCGAGUCCGACCCCGCCAUCCGCCUCUUCCAGCAGUCUCAGUCCUCCACCGAUCUCCAAGUUGUCCCUGUCCUAUAUGAGCACACACUGGCAAAGCCGAAGGAGGUUCAUGUGCCAGACUUGGAUCAUAUAUACAGUGUUGAGCCUCUUCAGAUAACCAGUCCAGCCACAGAUGGCGAAGUGGCUUUGGCUCUUAGAGUUCUGGAAGGAUGUUGUAUCCUUCACAAGGAGAGCAGAAAUCUGGCUCAUAAACAUGGAGGAGUGAAGGUACUUUUGAACAUAUUAUCUACUCGAGGUGUGCUUGAGCAGGGUGCAUGCUUGGAUGCUAUUGUUUCUUUAAUGCUUGAAUCACCUGCUAAUCAGAUGGAUUUUGAAGCAGGACAUGGCAUUCACAAAGUUGCAGAACUUAUAAAAGAUACACAAGUGAAUGAAAAUAUAAGAUUAAAAUGUGGAGAGUUCUUACUUUUGCUGGUGGGGCAUGUUCUUCCUUCGGCGAGCAGGCAUUCUGCGGCAAUGUUUGAUGGCCAUAAUGGAAGGGACAAACAUCCCUUGGCAUCUGCUGAAGAAGACUUGAGGCAUCUUCUUGGGGAGAAAUGCGCAUCACUCAUUUGGGCAGCGAGUCAGUUUGGUUCGACGCUGGACUUGGAGCAGAGGCAAACGGCGCUCCAGAUUCAUGCAAGUAGGGUGCUUAAUUCGCUGGAAUUGUAUUCGGAAUGGGACUGAAACUCUUGACCGGUUCGAGUAGGACUCCUUGGUGCGUCCUGAACGCUCACUGCUGUAGGGUCAUUAAUUUGGGACACCUUUGGGGAAUGCACGAGAAAGGUAAAAGGAGAAGGGCAAAAUUCAUCGAAGGGCUCUUGUGGCGCCUGAGCAUAUGAAACAGGCGAAUUGGCAACCUGCUCAACUGCAUAUACGAGGUUGUAGUAAAAACCCUUUGCCAUGUAAAGAUAAAUUUGGCGUUGCAUUGUAUUAUUAUGAAAACGGAGUCACGAAUAACUCUCUCGUUUACACA